AGUUUGACUCUGCCGCGGCGCAUGCGUAAACGAAAUUUAUCUUUGCGUGCUGUUUUCGUUUGGAUCUAAUCCCCCCCACCUGGAGUCCAUUUCUGACUGAACUGGUUUGCGUCUGUGUUUGGAGCUCAUCACUUCAUAAAGAUGGAUUUCCAGCAUCGAGCUGGAGGAAAGACUGGGAGCGGAGGGGUGGCAUCUGCCUCUGAGAGUAACCGGGACAGACGUGAACGGUUACGGCAGCUGGCCCUCGAGACCAUUGACAUCAACAAAGACCCUUACUUUAUGAAGAAUCAUUUAGGUUCCUAUGAGUGCAAACUAUGUCUGACACUCCACAACAAUGAGGGUAGCUACUUGGCUCACACACAGGGAAAGAAGCAUCAGACUAACUUAGCACGGAGAGCAGCCAAAGAGGCAAAAGAAUCUCCAGCUCAACCAGCUCCAGCUAAAGUAAAAGUUGAAGUCAAGAAGUUUGUUAAAAUUGGUCGACCCGGCUACAAAGUGACAAAACAGAGGGACCCAGAGAACGUCCAGCAGUCUUUACUUUUUCAGAUCGACUAUCCAGAGAUUGCAGAAGGCAUUGGACCCAGACAUCGUUUUAUGUCUGCAUAUGAACAGCGUAUUGAGCCCCCCGAUCGUCGUUGGCAGUACCUGCUGUUUGCUGCUGAACCCUAUGAAACGAUUGCCUUUAAGGUUCCCAGUAGGGAAAUUGAUAAAGCAGAAAAUCGCUUCUGGACCCACUGGAACAAAGAAACUAAACAGUUUUUCCUGCAGUUCCACUUUAAAAUGGAGAAAGCGAUUUCCCAGUCCACCGGUCCAUUACCUCCACCUAAUAUGAAGCACCCACUUCCUCACUUGAGUGGAGUUCACCCACAAGACUCUUUGCCGCCCCCGCCGCCAGGAGGGAUGUCUGUUCCUCUGCCACCUGGGGCUCCAGGUGCCCCUCAAAUGCCCCCUCAAAUGCACAUGCCCCCCAUGCCGAUGAGGCCGCCUCCUCCAGAGGGCCUUGCAAUGUCUAAUAAUUGAUCUGUUAGUCAUUCAUAAUUACUUCAUGCUGUUCAGUCGUCCUCUGUUCCUGUCCACUGUGUCCAUCAUGUUUAAUGUUGCAGGAGUAUUACUUGGUUUUUCAUGCAUUUGUUAAGUGAAGAGUAAAUGUUUAGGGCCAACUUAUGACCGUGCGCUUGUUUAUAUCUGGACACAGUAAUGAACAGCUUAUUUUUAAGACUUUUCUCAAUAAAUAACCAUCAAAAAACUGAAAAAA